AUGGUACUCGGAAUAGCUACAAAAAAUGGAUUACGAUUAUUUAAUAGAUAUGAUCUAACAAAUUCUACAAUGAAUAGAAAAAGUUUAUCAUUUAGUGCAGCUGUUCUAAUGUCAAUUGUUGGAAUUGGUGUUUCACUAUUUAGUACAAAUAAAUUAUUAAUUGCUUCAUCAUCAACUCGACCAAUAUGGACUCCAUCAAAAUGA